CGCCAUUUCACUAGAUUGCGGGCAAGAUGACGGCGCAGCGCUGGCAGGGCUCGCGCAGUGACUAUGCGCGGGCAGACGCGAUACCCGCGACGCUCCGACACAAGGUCUUCCACGACAACGUCACGCCGCACUGGUCGUCCGACAGCACCCGCUUCUGGUACCUCCGGGCGAUGCCGCCGCCGCAAGCGCCCGAGUUGCACUUUAUCGACUGCCGCCGUGGCGUGCGGUACGUCGACGCCGCCCGGCUCCAGCUCGCGAUCGCGACGCACAUGGGCAUGCCCGAGGUGCAGCUCACGCGCGCGACGUUCGUCGACGACAUGGACCAUCUCGUGCGCGUGGCUGUCACAACUGCGUCGGGUUCGCGCUGGUUCCUCUGCGAUGUACACUCGUACGACGUGGAUAUGGAGCCCACCGAUGUGUCGGGCGACGUCGCCUCGAAAGCGACUGCCAUGGUCUCGACGAAUGGCGGGGCCGAGAUCAACCUCGUCGUCGCCAACGCCUACAGCGCCCCGAUCGUCAUGCGCUGGGUCGACACGGACGGUGAGACCCAUCAGUACAGCGAGAUCCGCCCAGGCGGCGAAGCCAAGCAGCACACGUACGAAGGCCAUGUGUGGCAACUCGUCCACAUCGAGAGCGACAUGAUCCUGGCGUGGUAUCGAGGCGCAGGCCAUAGCGAGCGCAUUGAGCUCCGAGGGCCCGACGCCAUCGUCACGUCGGUGCUUGUGGACGACGAGACGCCAUCAACGGACGCAUUCAAUGUUGUGGUCGAUGGCGUUGGCCUGACGACCGACGGCAGCUCGCUCUUGCAGUACGAAGACGUGACGAUUUGUCCGCAAAAGGCGUACAUUGCCUGCUUUCGCGUGCACUACCCGGCGCAACCGCGACAGCUCACUCUGCUCGAGAUGGCGGCGCAAACGACCGACCCGCGAACAAUGGACGUCUCGGCGCGCGUCCAGACACACAAGUACCUCAAGCCGGGCGAUCCGCUGCCCUAUCACGAACCGCUCUUGAUUGAGAUUGCCACACAGCGCGUCAUUGCUGUUCAGUCGCCGGACCUCUUUGCUGCAAGCUACAGCAACACGCAGUGGCACUGGCACCCGAGUGGGGACUGGGCCUUUUUCCUGCACGAUGCCCGCGGCCACCAGUGCCAGCGUCUUAUUGCAGUGCACGCCAGCACGGGGCAGAGUAAAAUGCUCGUGGAAGAGACUAGUGAGACGUUUGUCGACCACCCGCGCACGUACCUCAAGUACUUGCCGAUGUCGAAUGAGAUUCUGUGGUCGUCGGAGCGAUCUGGGUACCGACAUUUGUACCUCUACACGCUUCCGUCGCGCUUCCAGGAGCUCGACCGUCUCUGCGCUUUUACACUCACCCAAGGCCCCUUUGUUGUCUCGGGCGUCACUGUGAUCGAUGAAACGGAGCGCAGUGCGGUCCUUAGCGUCCGCGGGUUCGAUGACACGAUGGAUCCGUACUACGUCCAGUACGUACGCCUCAACCUCUCGACGCGGGCGCUCACGCGUCUAACAAUGGCUGAUGCAACCCACGACCCACCUCGCUUCUCACCCGACAAGAGCGUCUACCUCGAUCGCUACUCGCGCAUCGACUUGCCGCCGAUGGUCGAGCUGCGUCGGACUGUCGAUGGCGCCCUCUUGUUGCACGUCGAGUCGGCCGACAUUGCGGCACUACUUGCGACCGGGUGGCAGCCGCCGAUGCGGUUUGACGUCGCUGGCCGUGACGGCACCACGCGCAUCUAUGGCAUUGUCGUGCUCCCGCUGAUGACGGCGCCACCGACUCGGCCGUUCCGAGUGAUUGAGAAGAUCUACGCGGGCCCGCACGAUGCCUUUGUGCCCAAGAGCUGGAACCUCUGCCUCGAGAUGCGAGCGCUCGCAGAGCUCGGUUUUGCUGUCGUUCAGAUCGACGGUAUGGGCACGGCCCAGCGCUCCAAGGCCUUCCACGACGUCUGCUACCGCAACCUCCUGGACGCGGGCCUUCCCGACCGCGUGCGCUGGCUCGCCGCCGUCGCUGCCAAGUGUCCAAUGCUUCUUGAUGUCAGCUCUGGCGUUGGCAUUUAUGGCGGGUCGGCCGGUGGUCAGAGCGCAGUGGCUGCCCUGCUGACGCACGGCGACGUGUACCAUGUAGCGGCCGCCGACUGCGGCUGCCACGACAACCGCGUCGACAAGCUGUGGUGGAACGAGCUUUUUAUGGGACACCCAGUUACCGCGUGCUACGCAGCCAACGCCAACAUAACGCACGUCCAGCGCUUGGACUCGCGACGCCAAAAGCUCCUCCUCACCGUCGGUCUCCUCGAUACAAACGUCGACCCCGCAUCGACGUUUCAGCUCGCGCAAGCGCUCAUGGACGCCGACAAGGACUUUGAGCUGCUGCCAUUUCCGCGUCUUGGACACGGGGCCGGCGACAGCGCGUACGGAAAGCGAAAGCGCAUGGAUUUCUUUGUGCAGCAUUUGCUUGGGACCGUCCCGCGCCACGGCGACUAACCCUGCGUUUGGAAACGAAACAUAUAGAACUGU